AUAUCAAGUUGCAUUUGUCAUCCAACAAGCUCAUGAUAUUCCCAGCAUAUCCACUUUCUCAUUUUCCUUUGGACUAAGAUUUCAAAGCAACCUUGAUCAAAGAAUCCUGGUUUUUUAUAUGAAACUCCCAUUUCAUUUCAUUAACAAAAAGCUAAGACAAAAAGAGAACUUAUUUUGAGUUGACACUUGCCAUUUUGCCGAUAAGCGUAAACCCAGGGAGCUUCCUUUGGAUACUCCAUUCUCUGCGUGUGCCAUAGGUCUUUCAGAUUGCUUUUCCGAAUCUUCUAGUCCAUGUUAAGCAAUUAAAAAACAAUUCUUUAACUCACUCGUUCGAAAUCCCAACUCAGUACACCUUCCCAUUAUAAUUUAUUCACUGCGACAUCAUGUCCCCUUCUCCAUCUCUCUCUGUAAAGCCUUUUCUUUCUCCUCCUUCCUUCUUGGCCUACCCUUCAAGCAAUUCUUCCUCUUUUUCUUUUACUUUAUACCCUCCCAAUUCUGUUAAAGUUUUGUCUUUUUCUUCUUUUUCAACAAUACCCAUUAGCCCGAUUUGUAAAAGAAGUCACUUUUCUGAGUCUGUAAGAUUGAGGAGUGAGAGGAAUAGAAGGAUAACUGUUGUUAGAGCAAGUAAAAUGACUACUACAGAGGUGAGAGAAGAAGAUGGGGAAGAGGAAAGUCCUCCUUUGAUUGAUUCUGAGAACAAUUCCAGGCCUCGUCGUAUUGCUCUAUUUGUUGAGCCUUCUCCUUUCUCAUAUGUGUCAGGGUAUAAAAACAGGUUCCAGAAUUUUAUAAGAUAUUUACGGGAAAUGGGAGAUGAGGUAAUGGUUGUAACAACACAUGAAGGGGUCCCGCAGGAGUUCUAUGGAGCAAAGUUGAUUGGAUCAAGAAGCUUCCCCUGUCCUUGGUAUCAGAAAGUGCCUCUUUCCUUGGCACUCAGUCCUAGAAUAAUUUCAGAAGUUGCACGGUUUAAACCUGAUAUAAUACAUGCCUCUUCACCUGGGAUCAUGGUUUUUGGUGCCCUCAUUAUUGCAAAACUACUGUGUGUACCCAUAGUGAUGUCUUACCACACCCAUGUUCCAGUGUAUAUCCCAAGAUACACAUUUAGUUGGUUGGUGAAACCUAUGUGGUUGAUAUUAAAAUUUCUUCACAGAGCAGCUGAUCUUACAUUGGUUCCAUCAGCUGCAAUUGGGAGGGAUCUCCAAGCAGCUAGGGUAACUGCAGCUAAUAAGAUUCGUCUUUGGAACAAGGGUGUGGAUUCUGAAAGCUUCCACCCUCGAUAUCGCUUUCAUGAAAUGCGGUUAAAAUUGAGCAAUGGCGAACCAGAGAAACCAUUGGUAAUUCAUGUUGGGCGUCUUGGAGUUGAGAAGAGUUUGGAUUUCCUCAAAAGCGUUAUGGACAGACUUCCAGGAGCAAGAAUUGCUUUUAUUGGGGAUGGACCAUACAGGGAAGAGCUAGAGAAUUUGUUUUCAGGUAUGCCUGCUGUGUUUACUGGGAUGUUACAAGGUGAAGAGCUCUCCCAGGCAUAUGCAAGUGGGGAUGUGUUUGUGAUGCCUUCGGAAUCUGAGACACUCGGGCUUGUUGUUUUGGAGGCCAUGUCUUCAGGAAUCCCUGUGGUGGGUGCUCGUGCUGGGGGAAUCCCAGAUAUAAUUCCUUCAGACCAAGAGGGCAAAACUGGCUUUCUCUUUACUCCUGGGGAUGUUGACGACUGCUUGAGCAAGUUGGAGCCCCUUUUACAAAAUAAGGAACUGAGAGAAACCAUUGGCAAAGCUGCACGUGUAGAAAUGGAGAAGUAUGAUUGGAAAGCAGCCACUAAGAAGAUACGCAAUGAACAAUACAAUGCUGCCAUUUGGUUUUGGCGAAAGAAGAGAGCGCAGCUACUGAGACCUCUGCAAUGGCUGGCGAAACGCCUUUUCGGGUCGCCAGAAGUCAACUAUAGGUGAUUUGGAUAUAUUACAUAGGUUUGCUUGGUAUAAUUAAAGGAAAUAGCAUGUUUAUGGUGAUAUGUAUGAUUGAAUUUUUUGAAAACUAAAAUUCAUUGGUUCCAUGGAUAUCUUGCGUAGGAAUGAUAACAAGUCGGAUCCAAGCAGAUUUUUGCUCGUUUCGAAUAUGAUCCGAUUUUAU